AAUAAAAAAAAGUACGAGAAAAAUCCAAAUACAGAAUUCAUGGAUAUCAACAAAUUUGAAAUAGUUAGAUAUUGUUAUCUUCUUUUGCCUAAUUAGAGUGCAUUGUUAUCCUUUCAUCUUGUUCGAGCCCAGAUAAAACGUUUACAUAGAAGGCAACGAAAUCUACGAUGCAUGAUAUGGUUCAAAAAUCUAUCAAACAUUGUAUUAUUGACUGAGCAGAAAGAAUGAGUUAUAAUUGUGUUUGUGUAUGAUAUUUCUAAUCGAUGUGGUUUGUCAAUUCAAUGUGACCGAGAAAGUGUACCUAAUUUAAUUUAAGUUCCUUGAUUUUGUUGUCAUUGUUCUGUGUUUAAUUUAUUGCCAAUACAUUAAUUUUCUUUCGUUUAAAAACAAAGUCAAAUUUCUGCUUGAGAUUUGAAGAUUUAACAAACAAACAAAUUUCCAAGGAUAAAAAAUCUGUAAAAAAAUGUCGCAAAAUCAUUUUAAUUAUAUGAGCGGAGUGCCUGUGAAAAUAGCUGAAAAUUAUAAGCCACCAAAGAAAUUGGCAUUGACCCAAAGUGUGUCACAACGUUUAUCAACAUCGUCCAGUGUAACCACUCAAGUGCUCGAAAAGAAUGCAUACGAUUUUGCAUUGGAGCGAACGGUGUUGUCCAAAAUGUCCGAAUGGCAACACAUGAGGCAGCGUGAAAACUGUGAUAGAAAAGAGAGAAUGCGUUCAUUUGAACAGGAACAACAAAGUCUAUUUGAUGCAAAACAAAAACAAAUAUUGACGGCCGUUUCGUAUCCAAGCACCGACGAUUUGUCAUCUGAUGAUGAUGGUGACGAUAGUGGCCAUGGUACAUCGAGUGAUGCCUCCAAAUCGGCCGUUAGCUUAAAAACCGUAUCAAUACCAGCUACAACACAAUCAACGGGGCAUCAGCAACAAUUCAGUCCGCCGAAUUUUAACAAUAUUCUAGUACCGACAGUAAUGCCCGGUCAAAAGAACACGACGAUCAAACAAAAUAUAAUCGCAACCAAAACACACUAUUCAAAGAUUAAUUUUCAAGAAUUUGAGAAUGACAAUUCUAGCCCAUUUGAUAAUGUUGAAUUGAAAACUAUUAACGAUUUGGAUAUAUUGGCCGAAGUAUGGAAUACAUCGGUUGCAAUAACAAAUCCGGCUGGAUCGAAUUCAACCGAUAAUACUCCGUCGAGUGAUGACUCGUCGAAGACGAAAAAUUCAACAAGUGAACAAAAUCAAUUACCAAAUCAAGUCUAUGCGAAUCAACACGAUCAACAGGCGAAUUCCUAUAAUAAUCAAGGAGCAAUAAAUGCGCCGCAAAAUCAAACAAAUAAUGAACAAAUGAAUCAUUCCGUAACGGCAUCUUCAAAUUCAACAACAAUUCCAAUUACGAAUAGCUAUUAUAUAAAUCAAAUGCAUUAUAAUCAUCACAUAGAUCCGUAUUCACUGGCAAAACAGACGUACAUAAAUACAACAACAAUUAACAAUAAUCCGUCGUACGUAAUCGCCCAAAAUCCAUACGCCCCAAAUAAUUAUAUAAAUCCAAUGUAUAAUAACGGCAGAACGGGAGCAAUGGCCAUGCCAAGUCACACCGUUGCCACUUCAACAAUGCCGAUGAUUGAUAAAUCUGUGAUAACAACAAAAAAUAGUAACAUUCAAGCAAAAUGCAAAAGUGUACCGGACAUCCACAAUAUUGUCCAUCAAAUUAACGCUGAACUUGAAAAUUCACAAGGCCGACGAGUUCGAAACAACAGCCAAGGUGAAAAAAAAGACAUGGCACCGUCAAAACAAAUUACUUAUGACGCAACAAAAUCAAUCGAUGCCAACUCAAUCUACAAUAAACUGUCGUUAUCGUCUCGUAAUUUAGCUAGAAAUAUCAGUUCGAUGGGAUUUCCACUGGAACAAGUGGCGAGAUUAACCGAAAUACUGGGAAAAGAUGACAAAAAAAUAAUUGAGCAUUUGAUACGCUUGGGUGAGCUACUGGAUUUGGGCUUUGAAGAGCAAAAAAUUUCAGAUGCAUUACUAAAAUUCGAUAAUAAUAAGGAGAAAGCGUUGGAUUUUCUUAUUUCCUAGUGUAAACUGAUCGAUAAAAUCGAUUCAUGUUAUACACGGCAUGUGCAUUAGUUAAAAAAACAAUCACAAAUCGAUUUAUAAACGACAAGUACCGUCGACAUACCUACAGAUACUAUACACCAAAAAUAAGUAAUUUAUUAAUUUGUACAGCGUGUAUCGGUUCUUCGUACUGAAAACGCAUCGAGGCUGAUUGAAAUGAGAAAAAAAAGAAGAAAUAUAUUAUCAAGAAAUAAUUCUCAUUUUUAUUCAACUUAAGAUGAAACACACUAAGUAGCUUUUUUUCUAGAAAAAUCGAUCAAAUUGCUUUCGAAAUAUUUAUAGAAAUUGCUUAAUACCAUACAUGGAAUUUCCUUUCCAAGAAAGAAAAAAAAGAGA